CUUCCGUUAAAACAAGCUUGAAAUUUCAAGUGCUGCAAAAUGAUGAAGGCCGUGCUCGCUCUUGUUUUGGCUAUGGCAGCCAUUGCUUUUGCCUCCACCGGCGUCGAUGUCAUUCGCCACACUCCUGGAUUUAAUGGCUACUACGGAUAUGCACCAUAUUACUAUGGAUACGGAAACGGAUAUUUCGGGUAUGAUGGACUUGGUUUGGGACCUUACAACUACUAUGGAAGAUACGGCCUUGGUUAUGCAGGAUAUGGUCUUGGAUACCGAGGCUACUUGGGAGGACUCGGUUAUUAUGGUUACUUUUAAAAAUCAGUUAUCAGAUUUUAAAAAUCUUCCCCAGAAAUGUUUGUUCGAUGAAUCAGUUAUCCUAAAAAGAAAAAAUGAAGGAUUACUGUAAAAAAUAAAUAAA